AUGAAAAUGGCAACUUAGUUAAUGUCUGGUUUAUUUCAAUGUCUACGUUCUUAGAACGUGGCUGUCUGUCGGAUAUUUGUACAUGUUUUUGUUCACUAUAAUAUUAUGACGUGACGAUAGAUAUACAAAGAAUAUCUUCAUUAAGACGUACUGGCCUCAAGUUGCUUUGCCUGUUCAAAGCAAAGAGCUAUAGAAAUAAAUGGAUUUGAUACUUCUUUGCUUGGAGACGGAAUGAUGAGUAACAUCAAUCGGAUUUGGAAUCAUGUCGCAUGAUGAUCAACUCAAAAGUACUAAAUAUAGGAACUGGGUGAAGGCAGGACUUGGCCUUAAAUAUUUAGGAAAUGGCCUGGCUCCUUUUGUCGACAAUGCUGUCAAGAAUCAACACGAUGUCAUGCUUCAAGACAUUGAGAAGAACUAUGGCGCAAAUACACGAUGUGGACACUGCAAGCUCGAAACCCUUAUGCCUGUCCAUACUUCUGGUCCAAACAACAAAUGCCCAUUAGGGCAUAAGCCGAGUUGCAACUGUAGAUCUCCGCGGGGAAAAGUUCUUUGUAGUACUAGACUUUGCAGCGCUUUCUACGACAAACUGAUAAUACAACAUCGCUACUUCUCUCCAAAUUGGAAGAAUACUGACAUCACACAAUGGUUCAACAAUCAUUGGCAAAUCGCUAAAACGUGUAUUCCAGCAGGAGGGUACGAAAAACAUACUUCAGUCACAGAAACAGACUGUGCUGGGCUUCUAAACGUCAUUAUCAACAAUAGCAGCAUACAUAACCUACUGGACACGGUAAUCGAUGCACCGAAUGAUAUUUUCUCAAAGACAAGAAAAGCACGAGACGAUAUAUUCCAUUCGUCCAAUUUUGAACUUGAUGAUGCCGAACUAGACAUGGUACUUGAUAAUAUGACAGCUAUACUAGAAGAUAAGACCCAGAUAAAGGAUAUGCCAGAGGCAGUUGAUGCUAAGCAAAAAUUAACACAGUUGAGAAGUCAGAAUUUUGUGAUCACUAUGUAUGACGAGGAAGAGAUUAGAAAGAAUGCAAUGGAUGCCUUAGAUGAGAUGAAGCAAAAUGCUUUAGACUUGAUCAGCGAAAAGCAGAGACAAGUCUUGGAAGAAAUACAGUCUAGUGGGCUUCAACAAAGGACGGCAACUGAUGAGAUAGAGAACAGAUUAGAAAGCACAGAAAAAACACUACAAUCACUGCAGGAUAGACAAACUCAAGUAGAAACGUUAGUGGCCAAUUUAAGAGGAAGUCGUCUGCAACUCAUCGAAGACGUGAGAAAAAUAAAGCAGGAACUGGACAAAAUAAAAUCAGAUGAACUUUACUCGAAAGCAAAAGCUAAACACGAUGAAUUCUUGCAGCAUAUUAAAGAAAAGAAAGCUCUUCAAAGAGACCUGAUUCGCCUUUAUCGCAAAUACUACAGCUGUGUUCCAGUACAUCCUCUGAUGCAAGAAAGGGAAAUUGACGUGGAGAAAACCUAUGUUAAACCAGAAAUGAGAAUACUUCGUUCGAAAAACAUUGAACAAAGUAAUAGUAAAAUAAACAUUACAUCAUACAAAGAUAUAUUUGCUUUACAAGGGAAACAACAUCAAAAUAUAUACAUAAUUGGUGAUGCAGGAAUAGGAAAAUCAGCUUUUUGUAAGCAACUUAUAAGUUCAUGGUGUAGAGUACAUAAGCAAAACCAAGAACAAUGCGAAUUUGAUGUCCUUAAUGAAAGUACCUUUGCUGAAAUAGCUAUGGAGUUGAAAACGUUUGAGUUCCUCUUUUUCGUUUCUCUGAGGCAUUGCAAAGAAGAAAAUCAUCUACAUGAGAUGAUAAAAAAUCAGCUUUUACAGACCCGACGUUACAAAGACCUUUUUGACGAGGUUAUUGAGGAAGAACCUGAUAAAUGCUUGGUAAUUUUAGAUGGACUUGAUGAAUGGAAGAACAGCAGUAAGGCAGUGGUUCCGGGAAGAAACAGGAUGGCAGAUUACACGAUUAUCUCCACCACCCGGCCGUGGGUUCUUGAAAAGCAUCGUCUGAAAGACACAGAAAUAGAUAUAAGCCUCGAAAUGCGUGGUGUUGGUCCUUCGUCAGCAGAGAAGUUGGCCACAAGGAUGAUUCAACAUCUGAACACUGUUUUCAAACGUAACAGGCUAGUAGAUUCUUUCGAGAGGGAAGUACUGUUGAAAGAUCUCAGUGAGCUUAAAAGUAUACCGAUACUUCUACAGCAAAUGGUUUGUGUCUGGCAUGAUCUAGAGUCGUUGGGGAAAUCACAAUGUGAUAUAUACAGCAGUAUGCUUAAUCUAUUGAUUCAGGUAGCAGAACAAAAUGAGAAGCUGAAACCAGUUUUCCAGCUGCCUACAUCAAAUCUGCUACCAUCAUGCAUGCAAGACAAGCAAGAGUGCAGAUCGCAUCAACAGUUAGUAUUGUCUCUUGCGAAGCUGGCCUUUCAGACACUGUUCUCUAACCAGUCGGAUUCUUUGUUAGUUUUCCCUAGCUCUCAGAUGGAAGUUUGCGGUAUGACUACCAGAGAGAUUGACGAAUGUCUAGCUGUUGGAAUUUUGACGCAGAGUGAAGCUGCUGGCAUCUCAGCUGUAACCAGGUAUAAGACUAUAGCAUUUAUACACAAAACGUUCCAUGAAUUUCUAGCUGCUCUCUAUAUAGCAACCACUUGUAGCACAACGUCAACAGAAGUACCAAGAGAACACUUGGAAGAAACAUUUUCAAACAUUUAUGACAACUGCCGGACGUUCCUUGAAAUAUUAUCAUACUCCAUGGUAUUCAAAUUUUUAUGUGGCAUGGAUCCUCUUGUUGGAAAGAUAAUUUCUAAACACGUUGACAAGGUUGUUAUAGAGCAGAGGAACGAAUCAGAUACAUUCUCUUUAUCUUCAGUCCACAGUAAAAGUGUAUAUGCUACUACAUGUGGACGUUUAAUGAAUGAAACAAACGAAUGCAUUCAAAGGAUAAACGCAAUUUUCCUGGACUGGAUUGAAGAGGCUAAGAAGAAUGGGCAUGAGAAUAUACAACUUAUUUGCUCCGAAAUAUAUGACCUUGAACUAUAUAACAAUGUUGAUCGGUCGCAUGUGAAAGCAAUAUCGUUUGUUUGGUCAGACCUUUCUGUGUGCCUGCCAUUACAUCACCACGGGCCGCUAACCGGUUUACAUAUAUCGGACUGUUCUUCUUUUGAUUUGAUGAGAGAAAAUAUAGCAGGACUAAUUGUUCUAUCCAAGGAAACACUGACAACUCUGCAUCUGGACCUUUCUGAUAUGACAAGAGGACAUUCUGCUAGCAAUGAUGAACAACUUUUAUUAAACUCAUUAUGUCAAGUGUCUUCUUUGCGAAAUGUUGCCAUCACCAAUCUUCGUUGUGAGCGUUGGACAAUGAAAAGUUUCGUAUCAUUCCUGUUAAAAUUGAAAAGGAUCAAAUCUUUAUAUUUAGAGAACGUCCAUUACACCAAAGAUGGCGAACACUUCAGCUGCAUUGACUUAUCCGAACACGAGGAAUUAGAGCACAUCCACACAUUGGGUUGCAAUGUUAGGUUUGAGAUACCCUAUCAAAUUAAACUCUUAUGUGCAGACGAGUAUGCAAUGAGAAACAUAGCUCCAGUUUUAAGUGAAUACAGCAAUCUCAAUGUGUUUUCUUUCCUUCCAUCUUUAGGAAAUGAGCCUUAUAUGAGCUACACAUUUUUUAACUGUAUUAAUACCAUUUCAUCAAUAACACUGUCAUUACCCACAUUCAAGUACCUGAAACAUCUCCAGAUAACGUCGGUAGACUUCGGGAACCACGAUCUCGUUUUAUGUCGGGACACAUCUCAUUUAUUGACUGUUGUUUUCAGCAACAUACUAAUUAAAGAUUGCAAGCUUCACGCAUUUUUAAGAACUUCACCAGGUAUGUUCGAGUGUGCUUACAACAAUGCGGAACAAAUCUGUGACACAGAUUUGUUCAUACGAAGGUUGAAAAUGGUUUUCCAAGAUGAAAGGGACGAGAACAGAGACUAUUUUGGUCUACAGAGACUAUCUGAUGUAACUAGAAACCUUGUGCAGCGAUUGAGAGACAAUCAGAGCUUAGUGAUUUUACAGGUGUUAGAACCAUACGGGAGUAAAAAAGUGAAGAAGUAAAGACAUCGGCGAGUGAUAUCAAGUAAAACCUGAAAUAUGUGACGUUGCGAAAUAUCUCGUGCUGUAUUACACCUAGUGUUGUAGGGAGCAGUUCCUCGCACACUCCUGCAUUAAGCAUCAGCUAACUGUAAACACGCGAAUCGAUGUACUGCAUUAGAAAACUAAAAACAUUUUAAUGUAAUAAUUGUAGCAGGCCUUAUAUUUGCAAUUCGGUAAUAUAAUUUACAGUUUUACACAUAUCUUUAUUUCACAUUGAAUGGUAAAAUUGUAUGAAAAAAAAGAAAUAGUUUUAAAAAGUUUGAAUGUUUUACUGCUUGUAUUUUUACAUUUUGUUUGAGGCCUUAUUUGAUACAAGACUUUUAGAGUCUCUAAACAAUCAUUCAUACAUUUUCAAAUUUACAAACUUUGCGUAAAUUCGUUACACUCACCUCAUAACGCCAGUUCUGACAGCCAGCUCCGUGAUUUGGAAACAUCUCUUAUAGACAGAUACGUACAU